UCGGCCAUUGUGGAAAGUGGAAAAGACCUCGCCAAGAAAGGACAAAAAUAAAGCAUUGAAAGACAAGAGAAAAAGGGACAAGACAACAAUUGUUAAUAAAAUCUGCCAGUAACUCGCGAUUGUAGAGAUGGUCCAAUCGUGCUCAGCUUACGGAUGCAAAAACAGAUAUCAUAAAGACAAAAACAUUUCAUUUCACAAGUUCCCAUUAGCACGGCCAGACGUGUGUGGAAAAUGGGUUGCAGCAAUGAGAAGAAACAACUUCAAACCUACCAGAUACAGCAAUAUCUGCUCUCAGCAUUUCACUAAAGACUGUUUCAAACCAGAGUGUAACAACAGAGUCCUGAAGGAGAAUGCUGUACCUUCGCUUUUCUGUUUCAGUAAACUACAAAUCAAGGCAGAGUCCUUGGCCGACCCGUUCCCUCCAGAGAUGGAUUUCCCCCUGACCCUCCCCUCCCUUCCGCUCUCUGACACAGAGGAGACCCAGCAAGAGAUACAGACAGAGACUCAUCACACUGUAGACCCUUUACCCCUGGUAGAGAACCUUCCCCACAGCAUGUCCAUCUCCUGCGACCACAACUACACUGUAGAGGACACGGUUCAGCAGAAGAAGAGGAUUGAGCAACUGGAAGAACAGCUGGAUAAGCUGAGGAAGAAGUUAAAGACCGUACAGCAGAAGUGUCGUAGGCAGGAGAGACAAUUGAAGAGGUUUAAGGCUAUCGGAGAGUUCCAGAGGGUGAACAGGGACCCCGCGCUUGGAGAGGGAUAUGUAAUUCUACCCAAACAGCUUUAUGAUGCGCUCAAAGGGAUUGAGCCCGUAGAGGGCCCGUGAACGCCUCAAAUACACCUAGCCUGGGUGCCAGUCUGUUUUGUGUUAUGGGAGUUGGCAAGACCACAAACCGGUCUGGGACCAGGCUGUAAUAGUCUAGGCUACGGACCCUGAUGGUUUUUUCUCUGGGUCUGCCUUCAGUGUAUUGGGGUGGUCCCAGGUUUAUCAGUCCCUGCUUUAUAGGGUCAGUGUGAAGACUCCCAUAUCACCUCUCCCAAUAGAGGUGUAGCAGAUGACUAUCUCUACUACCUUGUCUGAGGCCUAGAACUACUGGCAUCCUGUAUCCAGACAUGUCUUGUCUAGGGUCAAGUGGUAUUGCUGGUGAUUUCUUGUGUUAUGUUGUGUCAGUGUGGAGGGUUGUUUGCAACCGGGUCGGGUGGGUUUUCCACUUUUGUCACAGACAAAAACCAACUAUACAUUUCUUUGGUAGUUUUUAUUUUAUUUUAUUUUAUUUCAUUUUCUUCAAGCUGUAAACUUAAGGGAAAAUCCCUCAAAGUACAAUAACUGUUAUUUGAAGGGUUGAUUUAAAAAAAAAAAAAAAAUUGGUGGAGGGAUGAACACUUGUACUGUAUGUCCAUUGUUUUAGUAUUUUAGUCGAUUUAUGUGUACUCUUGGACAAAAAAUGGAAUGAUAAAAUGGGAGGUUUG